AUGCGCAUCAUGAUCCGCGACGCCAUCGCGCGUCUCCGCGACCGGGGCUACGGCUUCAUGGCGCUGGCCAUGCGCGUCAAGCUCGCCGAGCUCGAGAGGUUCGCCAACCUGACGCUCUUCGCGCUCGACGACCAGGCCAUCUUCGUCGGCGGAGGCCACCACUACGUCUCAGCGUUGCGCUUCCACAUCGUCCCCGACCACCGCCUCACCCACGCCGACCUCCUUCGCCUCCGCCCUGGCAUGAUCCUCCCCACGCUGGCCGGCGAGGGCCAGAGCCUUGUCGUCACCAACGGCGCCGGCUCCGCGUCGGCCUACAACAUCGACGUCAGCAUCAACUACAUACCCAUCAAGGAGCUCGACGUGGUGGUCAACUCCCGCAUCGCCGUCCACGACGUCUACAUGCCGUUCCCCCGACCCCGCCUCAACCUCGCCAACCUCGCCGCCUCGGUGGCCGCUGCGUCCGCCGUCCAGACCAGCACCUGCAGCGUCGGGGGACCCUUCGGCGACUGCCCCUCCUCAGCGAUGACUUCUCCCAAGAGGCAAGUAGCUCCUGGUGAGUGA